AGGGAAAGAGGCAUUACUACCAAAUUGGUAUAACCAUUAUUGUUUUUUUGUCAAAAAAAGAAUAUCUCUAGAAAGGAUAACUCGGUAAAAAGACGUGGCUACACUUUGCUGCUUUCGUUCAUUUCCUUCCUUGAUUUCCCCGAAAAAACCCUAACCAAAAACAAUUCAAAACGGCGAUAAUCUGAAAACAACCAACGCAAAAUCCGUUAGCCUCACCGGCACCGGCAACCACCGAUGGCGGAUCUUCCACCGGAAGUAAUAACUGAAAUCCUUUCACUAGUUCCAGCCAAACAUCUCCUCCGUCUCCGCAUCACGUGCAAGUGGUGGCGUUCUCUUAUCGACAGCACCGACUUCAUUUUCUUCCAUCUAAACAAAUCUCGAGAUUCCGUUAUCAUUCUCCGUCAACACUCGCGUCUCUACGAACUCGAUUUGAAUUCUAUGGAUAGAGUUAAGGAACUCGAUCAUCCUCUCAUGUGUUACAGUAACCGCAUCAAGAUUUUAGGUUCAUGUAACGGUCUUCUCUGCAUCUGCAACAUCGCUGAUGAUAUCGCUUUCUGGAACCCUUCGAUUCGUAAACAUCGGAUUAUUCCAUCUGAACCACUCAUCCGUAAACAACCUAAUGAAAACAACACGAUAACUACUUUAUUAGCCGCUCGUGUUUACGGAUUCGGUUACGAUUUGUUUUCUGAUGAUUAUAAAUUGGUUAGCAUUUCUUAUUUCGUCGAUCUUCAUAAUCGUAGCUUCGAUUCGCAUGUUAAGAUUUAUACUAUGAGAACUGAUGUUUGGAAAACCUUAACAAGUAUGCCUUAUGCUCUAUGCUGUGCUAGAACGAUGGGGGUUUUUCAUUCUGGUGCAUUGCAUUGGGUUGUGACUCGAGAUCUUGAACCGGAUUCGCUUGAUUUGAUUGUUGCUUUUGAUUUAAGGUUUGAGAUUUUUAGGGAAGUGGUGCUCCCGGGUACCGUGGAUGGGAAAUUUGAUAUGGAUGUGGCAGUUUUGAGAGGUUUGCUUUGUAUGAUUGAGAAUAGAGCGAAGGAUGGUUUUGAUGUUUGGGUUAUGAAAGAGUAUGGAUUGAGUGAUUCAUGGUGUAAAUUGUUUACUGUGGAACAACCGCGAGAUAUGAAAUUGAUGAAAUCGUUGAAGCCUUUGGGUUAUUCGAGAAAUGGGGAUAAGGUUUUGUUUGAACAAGAUAGUAAGAAGCUGUGUUGGUAUAAUGUUGCUAGUAAAGAUGUGAGUUGGGUUAGAAUUUCUGGAAUGCCUAAUUCCAUUGAAGGAACUGUUUGUUUUGGAAGCCUUGUCAAACCUAGUUUGAUGGAUCGAAGUGUUCAAAGCAAAAAACAGAAAGUUGGAGAGGAAAAGAAUAAGAAGAAAAGGGAUGAUUUCUUGUCCAAGGGAUUCAAAUUAACAUUGUAAACGUUUACAAGAGAUACAGCUGAAACUGGUGAACUGACAAAUUCAUGAGUUGUAUCUAUCUGGUUGACGGGUGUACUGAAAUCCCGCCUUGGCUCACGUGGAAGAGACCAGUGAACCGACAAAUUCAUGAGUUAUAUCUAAUCUGGUUGAGGUUGACGCCUAUUGAAAUCCGCCUUGGCUCACGGGGAAGAGUUGAGAUGACCAGUAAUCAAUCCCUUCUUUAAUUGUUAAUUAAUUUUGACUUCUAUUUCCCUCCCUUGUAUUGCCAUGAUUCUGCACCCUUUUGUUUUCUCAGGAUAGAAGAGGAAUACAGUUGCUCGAGUUUGAGUAACAUUCACAGCAAUGACUGAAAAUAUAUAUGUAUUUUGCUGGUAAGUUGAGCAGUUGCUAGUAGGAUUGUCUAGAAACCUUCUUUCCUUUCUCUGGCUUUGUUGUAAUAAAUUGAAAUACUACUCCGGCUGUUGAAACUUUUGGCCACCUGCUGGGAUGGUUAUGCUCUAUAUGUAUUUUGCUGGUUGCUUUGCAGCCAUACCUGUACAUUAGGUUGUAAUAUGUAAACUCAAAAAACACAGUUUUUGUUGUUCUUCAAUAAACUCAAAUACAGUUUUACUUGGA